AUGUCGAAGAAUAACGUUCAGUAUAUCCAAGAGGAAAUGUUAGCGGUCAUAAAUACGUGCGCUGAAAUUUACGAAAAUGACGUCGCAAUUACAUCUGAACGAUCGAAGUAUAAAAUGAUACGCCAUAUUCGAAUGACGCCUAAUAUUAAUUAUAUACAGGCGGAGGAAGGCAACCAGGGAAAAUAUAGCAAGACUGUCUACACUCUUUUAGAUUUCCUAAAUAGAUGGCUUCUAGAGUGGAUGCAUACUAAGCAGCGUCCUCAUGAGAACGAGAAUUAUAAGGCAAUACAAAAGUUUAUAGAGAAAUUUGAUAAAUUGGCAAUAGCGAGAGGCAAUUUCGCAUGUGGGGAGCUGGAAAGGGCUCUACAGUACCUCGAGUUAUACAUGGAUGGUGAUAAGCAGAGGAUCCAGAGUCAGUUACCAUUUCUGGCUGAAAUAUAUGCAUUGUUGGAUGAACCUGACUCUGUUGCUGGUAAAACUGCUGAGGAGCUACAAGAGGAAGAGGAGUUGCAGCUAGCUCUUGCACUAAGUCAGUCUGAGGCGGAGCAGAAAGAGAAGGAGAAAGAGAGGCGAUCGCGUACCUUUAUAGCGCCAGAGCCGACCUCACAUCCUACAUUAUCUCCAUCGCCUUCAUCGGUAAGCCCAUCUCCAGAACACAGUACAACUGGGAAUUCAGAGUUGUCCCGCUAUCUGGAUAGAAACUAUUGGGAGCAGCGUCUAUCCAACACUGCCGCGCCAACCGCACCUUCGUCUCACGGCACCAAUGAUAAUAUUGAUGAUUUCGUAAAGCCUCCCACCGUUAAGACGCAAGAUGACGAACCCGAAGAUAAAGAAAUAGAUGAGUUUGUGGAGAAUCUCAAAUCGCAAGUCGAGAUAUUUGUCAAUCGUAUGAAGAGCAAUUCAUCGCGAGGACGAUCUAUUGCAAACGACUCGUCAGUACAGACUCUUUUCAUGAACAUAACCACGAUGCAUUCGAAGCUUUUGAAAUAUAUUCAACAGCAAGACGAUAAACGUGUUUAUUUGGAGAGCUUACAAGAUAAAAUAAGUCAAGUACGCGAUAGUCGCGCUGCAUUGGACACGUUACGAGCAGAACACGCAGCGCGACUCGCUCAAGCGGCUGAAGCGGCUGAACGACAGCGACAAAUGCAAAUGGCGACUAAAUUGCAGGCUAUGAGGAAGAAGAAACACGAGUAUCUGCAAUAUCAACGGCAGCUCGCCUUGCAACGAGUGCAAGAACAAGAGCGUGAAAUGCAAAUGCGCCAAGAGCAGCAAAAGCACCAAUACAGGAUGUCAAGCAGUGGUUUCUAUAUGCCCGGCAUGUCCAUGCAUCAGUUUCAGCCAGGGUUUCCUAACCAAAUGAUGUACAACCCUCAAUUCCAUCCUCAAAUGGCUCAGAGUGACAACUCAAAUCUCCCUGGCCAACCCCAAAUGUCCCAACCAAACAUGCCCAUGAAUGUCGGUCAAAUGGGAACCAUCUCUCAGUCUAUGCCCCAAAUGAGCAACACCUUCACAAUGUCGAACUCGGCAGCUACCUUGACACAGGUUCCCCCUGUCCAAGUCCCCAUGACCCAACCCAAUAUGCGCCCAAUGGGACAACAGCAUCCCAUGCAGCAGAUGAUGAUGCAGCAAAUGCAACAGAUGCGGCCACAACCUGGUAUGCAUCAAAUGAUGCCCAACGUCCCUCCAGGUCAAACUCAACCUAACCUUCCUAACCAAAUGCCUAAAAAUAUUCCUAACCAAUCACAACCCCCGAAUACCAUGAUGCCUCCCAUGACGAUGCCUCAACCGAAUAUGCCGCAUCAAAGCAAUGCUAAUAACAUGUACGGCAUGCAAAUGAACAUGAGAAUGCCCCAUACCCAAGGCAAUCAACUUAACAACAACCCGUCAAUAGCUGUCUCUGGAUAUCCGGUCAAUGCUCAAAAUCCACAAGUGUCUACUACGAUGCCUAAUAUGCCGCAGGGAGCGCAAAUGCCGGGACAGUCAUCUUUACCAGGACAUGGUCAACCAAUGAUGCCGGGCCAAAAUAUUCCCAUGCAGAAUCAGAUGCCACUAAACCAAAAUAUGCCCCAAUUACCUCCAAAUCAAGGACAAAUUCAACAACCUCAAAUAUCACAAUCCCAACCAAUGCCGGGUCAAACGCAUUUCCAAAAUCCACAUCUUAUGCAACCUCCGAAUAUGUCUCAACAAAACCCUCAGAUGAAUCCCGGUGCUCCAAUUGUACAAAAUAUGCCCAACCAAAGUGCGCAACAAAUUAACCCCAAUAACAUGGUGCCUUCAUCGGUGCCACAACAUUUGCACCCAUCACAAAUACCCCCACAAAGUAUGCAACAAGGACAACCAAUGGGCCCUCAGAAUCAACAACUGCCUCAAAACAUGCAGCAGCCUCCGAAUUUGCCUCAUAAUAUGCAACCACCACCGAACAUGCCACUUCAACAUAUGCAGCAACAACCUCCAAACAUGCCACCUCAAAAUAUGCAGCAGCAACCUCCAAAUAUGCAGCAGCAACCUCCAAACAUGCCACUUCAAAAUAUACAACAACAACCUCAAAAUAUGCAGCAACAACCUCCAAAUAUGGCACCUCAAAGUAUGCAGCAGCAACCUCAAAAUAUGCAGCAGCAACCUCAAAAUAUGCAACAGCAACCUCAAAAUAUGCAGCAGCAACCUUCAAAUGUUGCACCUCAAAAUAUGCAGCAACCUCUAAGUAUGCAACAGAUUCCAAAUAUGCCUCAUCAAAAUUUGCAGCAACCUCCAAGUAUGCAACAGCAUGCAAAUAUGCCUCAACAAAACAUGCAGCAGCCUAUGAAAAUGCAACAGAACUUUGGUAACAAUCCUCAAAAUCCACAAACUGUUGCAAAUCAAAGUCAACAAGUCCAAACAUUGAUGAACAAAUCGGAAAGUAAUAAUAACACUGCAGAACUUAUAAGUUUUGACUGA